AUAUUUACAAUUCUCACAUUAGCAAAGAUGGCGCCCAACGCUCGUGAAAAGCUCCCAGUAGCUGAAAACCUGGAGGCUAUCCAGGCGCGCAUCGAUCUAGCUAUUGCGAAGCAAGAUGCAAUUGUCAAGAGCUGGGUCGACAAGUUCGACACCAGCAAAUGUGCCCCAUCGAAGACGAAGGAAGAGAUCGAGGCCUGGGAUGCGGAGCUUUUCAACCCUAUGCCCUCCAACUUGGGACUCGGCGCCCCGAUCCCUAAGGAAUACCUUAAUGGCGAUAUCAACCGAAAAGAUAUCAACGGCAACAGCAAACUACGAAGCCUCAUGAUGGGGAAAAAAGCUGGUCUGCAAGCCGCCAAACCCCGCGAUGCGGAAGAAAAGGCUAGCAGUAUGAAGCGUGGGCUGAAGGAAGAUACAAGCGAUGAGGAAGAAGGCCGGUCCAAUCUUGGGAAGUCAAAGAAGGCCAAACGCGAGGUUGCGAAGGCGGCUGCGCUCAAAAUUAUAGCGUCCAAAGUUGUAAAGCAGACGAAGCCGCUCCCACUCCAACAGAAGGCUUCAACCUCAAAGGCUGUUGACCAGAGUGACGACGAGGACAGCCGCGCUACAUCCCACACACCUAAAGCCGACUCUAAGCCCAAGAUCACAAAGCUCACAGAAACGAUUUCUUCCACCACAUCCAUCUCCGAAACUCCAAUCAUACCAGCUGUAGUCGAGAAGAAGCUUCCGGUGAAAGCAGAUACUCCAGCUGCAGCCGCCGUAAACCCUCCGCUGUCCGCCGAGGCCGAGGCGAGAAGAGAGAAGAACCGCAUGAAAAAGGCGAAGCAAAAGGAGAGGAAGCGGAAAGAGAGGGAACAAGCACUGACAGGAGCAGGUUCUGCCAAGGAUGCUGCUAAAGAAGAAUAACUUACUGGCUUGGAGAUAGGCUGGGCGGGCUGGGCCAAGCUUUGCCAGACUGGUUGAAGAGAUACUAGGCAAGCUGAGUCAAGCUUUGCGAAACUCUUCGGAGAUAUUCUGGGCGAGCUGAACCAAGCUUUGCCCAACUGCUGGGUGGGAAAGAGCAUAUGGCUCAGUUCGAGGAUUGGACUGUUCCAACGUAUCAUUACAAUUGGAACUUGGAUAGGCCUGGCAAUCGAGGGGAAUGUAAAGAAUAGCACAUAGCACUUAUAGACAAACAUCGUUAAAACGUUAUCCAGCCAGCAGAAUUCUGAUUUAAGCUUGCUCACUCAGGAAUAAAACAGACAAAUCUGCCAAUUAUAUCCCACCCAUUGAUUGUAUACUAACUUCCCAGGCUAC